UCCCAAGAUUUUUUCCCCAAUUGGAUUAUCCUCACUAAAUCCCUUCAAAUCGUUUCCCUCCCCUUCUCAAAAAUUCCUCCCCAACAAUCUCACACCGCCACUUCACUAGCACUCACUAAUCAAAUCCAUCCGCCAUGGCUACGCUCACAAACUCGCUCUCCAAACCGCCGACUCCGCUCCCGCCAAAACCCGCCAGCCCUCUCGCCUUCUUACCCCUCUCCUCCGCAACCCUCGCUAAAAAGACCCGAACCCCGACGUCAUCGUCACUGAACAACAGGAGGAAAUUAAACUCACAAUUAUUCGUGACGAGAGCCACGGCGGCGCCGGGGACGUCGUCGUCGGAGAAGAAGAAGCCGAAGCUGGACGAGAAGGUGAAGAAGAUCCACAGCGCGGCGGAGUUCGACGAGGCGCUGAAGGGGGCGAAGGAGAAGCUGGUGGUGGUGGAAUGGGCCGCCACGAAGAACGAGGAGAGCAAGCAGAUCUACCCUUUCUUGGUCGACCUGAGCCGCACGUGCAACGACGUCGUUUUCCUCCUCGUGCUGGAGGAUGAGUCCGACAAGACGCGGGAGAUCUUCGUCAGGGAGAAGAUCGAGGAGGUGCCUCACUUCAGCUUCUACAAGGGCAUGGAGAAGAUACACGAGGAGGAAGCGAUUGGGCCGGACCAGCUGAUGGGAGACGUGCUAUACUACGGGGACAACCACGGCACCGUGGCGCAGCUGCACUGCCGCGAGGACGUGGAGAAGCUGAUCGCCGACCACAAAGAGGACCACAAGCUCAUCGUCCUGGACGUCGGGCUCAAGCACUGCGGGCCCUGCGUCAAGGUCUACCCGACGGUCCUCAAGCUGUCCCGCUCGAUGGCCGACACGGCGGCGUUCGCGAGGAUGAACGGCGACGAGAACGACAGCUGUAUGGAGUUCCUCAAGGACAUGAACGUGAUCGAGGUCCCCACUUUUUUGUUCAUAAGGGACGGCGAGAUCAAAGGAAGGUAUGUUGGGUCCGGGAAAGGGGAGUUGAUUGGGGAGAUUUUGAGAUACCAAGGGGUUCGAGUGACGUAUUAGUUGAAAGUGUGAAGUGUGGGAUUGCUAGUUAGUUGUGGGACUUUGAGAGGGAUUUGAAAACGUGGAUUACGUUUGUUAUACAUGGUGUGUAUUUGGAGGGGGGCAAGGGUUCUUUGGGUGGUGGAUUGUUGUUGUUAUGAUUUGAAAUGGGUCAUAUGAUUGCAAGGAUGUCAUCAUUUAUAUCAAACAUU